CGCCGACCGAUCAGUCCCUCUGCUCCCUCCAAUUGUUCUACGUCGUUGGCUUGAGCUGCGAUCCGGUUUCUCCCUGCGGUGCCCUCGAGAAUACCUUUCCCCCGCACGUUCCCCGUCUGCCAUCAUGGUCCACAAAGUCCUCUUCUGGGGCGGCUUCGGCAUCGCCGUCCGUCUCUGGCAACUCGGCAUUGAAAUGCGUCCCAUCCUCGCCAAGGAGUCCCUCUGGGUGUACCCCCUGUUCGCCGGAGUCGGCGGCAGCUUCGGAUACUGGCUGCAGGGCGUUGAGAGCCGACAGCUGAAGAUCCUCGCACAGCGCCGGGAGGCCAUCCUCGAGAAGCGCCGGAGAAGAGACGAGAAGGUGGAAGAGACGGGUUCUCUGGCCGCGACGUCGUGAAAAAGGUGUGCGCGUGUGUGUUGAGUUUACGAGUGUUGAACCGGGGUAGAAAGAGACGAGCGAAUCGAUUCGAGAUUUUGUUUCUAUAUUGCGUACCUGCUGGGUGUGUGGAAUUGAGACAGGGAGCCCAGUAUACCAAUUACUUGUACUAAAAUUCCACGGGUUCUUUUUUUAUGCUCGACUUGAUGAGAGGAAAGGAAGCACGAGACUUGGCUUUGAGCUUCUGUCUGAGAGUAUGGAGCUUAGAUUAUUCUUAUUUUUGUUUUGCGUUUCAAUGGCAACUUGAUUGAUCUUCA